AUGAUAACACGGUGUAUUCUGAACAUCCGACUGAAUACAAUACGACGAGGAAUCUGUACCAGUCGGCCGUCAUCCAGCGUUUUUCAGAAAAUUAAGCAUUUUCUGCUUGCUGAAGAACGGGACAAUUUCGAUGCUGAUAACAUCCGGAAAGCGCACGAAAAGGAUAAAGUCGACGAAAAAGAAUGGGCUUUAAUCUAUAGAGAUGUCGGUCAGUUAUAUUACAAAGAUCUGAGCUGUGACAGAGACAAAGAUCUGAGCUGUGACAGAGACAAAGAUCUGAGCUUUGACAGAGACAAAGAUCUGAGCUGUGACAGAGAAAUUCCGAUGGCCGCGGCCUUAGGCCGGUGUCGUGUCGACUCGUCUCGACAUUUGUCGACUUUUGUCGACAGGAAUCGACAAAAGUCGACUCUCUCACGGUGUGUCAGGAAGCCUGGCCGGAAAACGCGCCCCGGUGCGUCUCGAACAUUCUACAUGACUGCUGCAUUUCUUCCCUGCUUCAUUAUUGGAUCCACAAUCUUUGCAGUAGACAUCAACACGAAUUCCCCAUCAAAUCGUUUUGAUUUCGUGCAAAAAUUAGUGACAGAUGCAGAGGAACUCGGAUCCCUCAUCGUGCUUCCAUCACUUGCUUUGACAGUUGUCAUAGCGUUUCUAGCUCGCGUACAACAGUUGAGACUGAUUCGGAUAUAUCAAAACAAAAAGGAUACGGAAUCAUUCAUGGCUAUACAAUCAAAACUUUUGGUCACUCAACACAAGGCAUUGUUCCGAAGAGACGAGACCGCCGGAUUCUAUUUUGCUGACGAUCAAACCGACGGCGCCCGAGUAGCUCUUCAUUUCCUUUUUGGCAAUAUUCAGAUUGGGAAUCGAAAGUUCAUGAUCAUGGAUGACAUGUUUAAAGCGAAUAACUAUAGAUCUUAUAUGUUAAAUGAAACGAGUGUCCCUCCGAGGUUAUAG